AUGGCUAAGUGGUCAGAUCUUCCUGGAGAUCUUCUUGUGCCUAUCGCCAAACGGAUGGUCUUAAUAGAAGAUUUUUUGGCUUUUGGUAGGGUUUGUAAAUCAUGGAAUUCUGCCGCCACCAAAGAAAACUAUACUGGUGGAUUCACUCAUCAAACUCCGUUGCUUAUGCUCAUAAAUUUGCUGGUGGGUAGUACUCCCAGGCAUGCACUUUACAACCUCAAAAAACGUAGGGACCUUGAUAUUAAUAUUGGAUCCUGUCUCCGGUAUAGUUCUUCUCUUGGAUGGCUCAUCCCACAAGAAGAUAGGAAUUAUCUAUUGCAUCCUUUCAAAGACGAAAAAAUUGUGCUGCCACUCUUUUUCAAUGGUUCGGAAAUAACGAAGUUUGUCUUAUCAUCUGCUCCUUCUCUGACAUCAGAUUACAUAGUCAUGGUUGCACUUGCUACUGAUUGCCUUAGAGAGUUCGCAUUCUGGAGACCAAAAGACGAUGCAUGGACUAUAAUAUCAUCACCAGGUAGCUGCUGGAUGCCAGAUGAAGGAAGAUACGAUAUAGCUUAUUAUGAAGGACAAUUUUAUAUCGUGGAAAACGACGGCCGUGUCUUGGUUUGUGACAUUGAGGACCUUAAGAAAGCAAAAACAAGGGUCGUUGUUUCAGAGAUGCCAAUUCUACAUGAGAUUGCCGAGAAAUUAUACCUGGUAAAAUCGGCCGGCGUCUUAUUGUUGGUUAUCAGUCUUUGGGAACCUUACAGAAGCACUAACUGGUUUAGGGUUUUCGAGGUGCCACUUAGUACUGGUAAUUGGUCAAACUCAGUGGAGGUAAAGAACUUGGGGAAUUGUGCCUUGUUUCUGAGUGAAAAUAGUUCUUCAUUCUCUAUACGGGUCUCAGACUACUCUGCUUUGAAGGCCAAUUGCAUAUACCACGCAGGUAGGUGUUUGGGUGUUUUUAGCAUGGAAGAUGGAAAGAUGGAGCAAAAAUAUUUUCAUUAUUAUGAUUAUUUUGAUUCAAAAGAACCAUAUGCAUGGAUUCAACAGUAUGGAUACAGCGGUGUUUCUAUGGAGAAUGAACUCACCUUCACCUGA